CUCCCUGAGCGUUUCUAGGACGCGGUCCCCGGGGCCUCUCCCUGUUGAAUCUGUGGCUCCGAAUGUCCAGGCUCGGCUGUGCCGGACCUGGAAGGGGCGGGGUGGGUUGCGACGGUAGUUUACGUGCACGAGAAUUGCGACGAUUUGCACUUUGGCACUGGGACGGAUGCUUAAAAAAGAAAAAAAAGUGUCGUCGGCGUGGAGUGGGGCUGGUGGGGGCUGAGGCGAAUGCGCCCUUCUGAAACCAAAGGGCAGUGAGCGCCUCCUCUCCGCCCCCCGCGGGCCGGCGCCGCCCGGGAGCCCAGGGAGAACAUGGCGGCGCCCGGAGCGCGCGGCUGCGGCCUCUCGGGCCUGCUCCCCGCGCAGACGUCGCUGGAGUACGCGCUGCUCGACGCCGUCACCCAGCAGGAGAAGGACAGCCUGGUCUACCAGUAUCUGCAGAAAGUGGACGGCUGGGAGCAGGACUUGGCAGUGCCCGAGUUUCCGGAAGGAUUAGAAUGGCUGAACACAGAAGAGCCUAUUUCUGUCUACAAGGAUCUAUGUGGAAAAGUGGUCAUCCUUGAUUUCUUCACCUACUGCUGCAUAAACUGUAUUCACCUAUUGCCUGAUCUCCACGCAUUAGAACACACAUACUCUGAUAAAGAUGGUCUUCUGAUUGUUGGUAUCCAUUCAGCUAAGUUUCCAAAUGAAAAAGUCCUGGAUAACAUAAAGAGUGCUGUUCUUCGAUACAAUAUCACCCACCCUGUGGUUAACGAUGCAGAUGCCAGCCUUUGGCAAGAACUAGAAGUUUCCUGCUGGCCAACUCUGGUCAUACUUGGACCCCGUGGAAACAUGUUGUUUUCUUUGAUUGGAGAGGGACACAAAGAUAAAUUAUUUUUGUAUACUUCAAUAGCUUUAAAGUAUUACAAAGACAAGGGACAGAUCAGAGAUAAUAAAAUCGGAAUAAAACUCUACAAAGAUUCUCUGCCACCUUCACCAUUGCUAUUUCCUGGCAAAGUAACAGUAGACCAUGUUACAAAUAGAUUGGUAAUAGCAGACACUGGACAUCAUAGAAUUUUGGUUGUUUGGAAGAAUGGACAAAUUCAAUACAGCAUUGGAGGACCCAACCCUGGAAGAAAAGAUGGAAUAUUUUCAGAGUCAACUUUUAAUUCUCCUCAGGGUGUAGCCAUAAUGAAUAAUAUCAUAUAUGUGGCAGACACUGAAAACCACCUUAUAAGAAAGAUUGACCUAGAAGCUGAGAAGGUGAGCACCGUAGCUGGCAUUGGAAUUCAAGGUACAGAUAAAGAAGGUGGAGCAAAAGGAGAACAGCAACCCAUUAGUUCCCCAUGGGAUAUAGUUUUUGGAACAUCAGGUUCAGAGGUCCAAAGAGGUGACAUUCUGUGGAUAGCCAUGGCAGGGACUCAUCAGAUAUGGGCACUUCUACUGGACUCUGGCAAACUGCCAAAGAAAAAUGAGUUAAAAAAAGGAACCUGCCUUCGAUUUGCUGGAAGUGGAAAUGAAGAGAAUCGAAACAACGCAUAUCCUCACAAGGCAGGUUUUGCCCAACCUUCAGGCCUUUCUCUGGCCUCUGAAGAUCCCUGGAGCUGCCUGUUUGUAGCCGACAGUGAGAGCAGUACAGUGAGAACUGUCUCGCUGACAGAUGGGGCAGUGAAGCACCUCGUAGGAGGAGAAAGAGAUCCCAUGAACUUAUUUGCUUUUGGUGAUGUUGAUGGAGUAGGAAUCAGUGCAAAACUUCAGCACCCACUUGGAGUAGCAUGGGAUAAGAAAAGGAAUUUACUUUAUGUGGCAGACUCCUAUAAUCACAAGAUUAAAGUUGUGGAUCCAAAAACCAAAAACUGCACAACAUUAGCAGGAACUGGAGACACAAAUAAUGUUAUCAGUUCUACUUUUACCGAGUCAACUUUUAAUGAACCAGGAGGCUUGUGUCUUGGAGAAAAUGGUCAGUUGUUAUAUGUAGCAGACACCAAUAAUCAUCAAAUUAAAGUGAUGAAUUUAGAAACAAAAACGAUUUCUGUGCUUCUCCUCUUCAAAUCUGAAGAUACUGUGGUAGAUGGCCCAUUCCUAGUAGAAAAACAGAAGACAUUACCCAAACUACCUAAAUCUGCUCCAAGUAUCAGGCUUUCCCCAGUGAGUGCAUGUCCUGGACAGACUCUUCAGUUCAAGUUAAGAUUAGACCUCCCAUCAGGAACAAAGCUAACUGAAGGAGCCCCCAGUUUCUGGUUUCUAACAGCCGAAGGCAGUGAAUGGCUUCUUCAAGGACAGAUGCCAUCUGGAGACAUAGAGAACAUUUCUAAUCAACCAACAAUUUCCCUGCAGAUUCCUGGUGAUUGCUUGUCACUUGAAGCCGUUGUAUCUGUGCAUGUGUUUCUUUAUUACUGUAGUGCAGACAGCAGUGCUUGCAUGAUGAAGGGAAUUUUGUUCAGUCAACCCUUACGAAUAACUGAUACACAACAAAGUUGCAUAGCUCCAAUAGAGCUCAGGUAUGUAUUUUAGCAAUCUAGCUAACAAAUCAUCGCUACAGCCCUCUGUGCUCCAUACUUGCCAUCACUGUAUCUUAGGAGAAAAAACUUUUAUUUCUGCCUCUGGAUACCAAGACACCCUUUGCUCAGUUCUAGCAACUGAUAUUGAAAUAAAGUCAUGCUCCUUAUUUACAUUUUUAUUAUAAAUGAAUUCCUUCAUUCUGGCUAUGUACUAGCUAAGUCACUGACCAUCAUUUGAACCAUGAUAUUGUAAUCUAUGCUGCUAUUUGGCACAGGACUGAGGUCCACACUAUAGUAGAGAAUAUAAUAAGAUAAUUUGCAGUGAACACUGAUAAUAAUCAUACCAGAUAAUUUAACUAACUUUUUCUACCUUUAUAAAUAGUAAUCACAUUUGAACGUGUAAAUUUCACAGUAACUUUAGGCAGAACAUUAGCUCCAGUCCACAUUUAUGUAUAGACACCUGCCACUCAAAGCAUAAAGUCUAUUAUAAGCCAAAAAAAGAGUCUUCCCAUUACAGUAGAAGCUUAAAGAGUACCUGGGUGGUAAAUAUGAUUUUUAUUCUCUUCUGUAAUUUUCUCAGUUGAGAUAUUGUUAAAAGAAAGUUUUGAUCUAUUUUUAUAAUAAAUUAUGUGUUGUUUUAACAUACCACUAUUAAUGCCUUAUAACUUUGUACAGAAAAGUUGAACAUAGAAUCUCUAAGGGCAUACAGACCCCAGAAAUAUAACUUUCAAGGAAAAAGGGACUUAGGGACACCUUACAGUCUGUGAUAAAGAAUUCAUUAUGACAGUUGAAUCUGAUAUAAAUGGGUAUGUAUGUUGUUUUGGAAUUGUACAUUUCACUUGUAAGCACUGAAUGCUUGCAGAUUUAUUGGGUUUUGGUUUUGUUUUUCUUGGUUCCCAUAUUCAGAAUUUAAAUUAAGACCUUUUAUUGUGAUAUUUUUAAAAUCACUUUUAAGCCUUCAAAAUUAAAUUUUUUUUUUGUCUUUUUGUGACCGGCCACACCGCGCUCAGCCAGUGAGCGCACCGGCUAUCCCUAUAUAGGAUCCGAACCCGCGUGGGGAGCACUGCUGCGCUCCCAGCGCUGCACUCUCCCGAGUGCGCCACGGGGUCGGCCCCAAAUUAAAUUUUUAACGUGAAGUAUUUUCAUGCUAUUAAUAGACAUAUUAUAUCCUAAUAUAUUACUCUUUAAAAUAUCAAUGCUAAGAAAUAUAGUGCUUUGAUGACACUUUUUUUUAACCUCAAAAGAAAUAGCCACUGAAGAUAUUGAGAAGUUUAUUAUUAUUAUCAUAAUUUAUCUUUACAAUUAUUUAAAAGCCUAUUUUUGUUUUUCCUAAGACUGAAUCAAUAUGUUUGUGAUUAAUCAGCUUGCAAGAUUUUAAAAACAUCAGGUGAACCAUGUUUAUUUAGUAAAUAUUUAUAGACAAUAUGCUUUCCCCCCUUCAAAGACAGUGCUAAAUUUGAAGUGUAAUCCUUUACACACCGUCUGCUCAUUUCUUUAUAUUUCUUUGAAAUAUA